AUGGCCAAUGACUCUGACUUCGCUACUCUGCCUAUUGUCGACGUGAAUCUCUUUCUAUCCGGUUCCUUGGAAUCGGAAGAGGUAGUCCAGGAGUGCAAAAAGGCUGCCGAUGCACUGAUCAAGUAUGGUGCCCUGCUUGUACGCGACGAACGCGUUUCCGAGGACGACAACACUACCUUCCUCGAUGUGCUCGAGGACUACUUCGCCCAGCCCCAAGCAGAUCUCAAGCGCGACGAGCGUCCGGAGCUUUCGUAUCAGAUCGGUGUCACCCUCGAGAAUACAGAGAAACCGAAAUGCGCCGUCGACGAGCCUUGUCUGGAUGUUAUUGCGCGUUUGGACCCAGCGGAGAGGCCGCUCGAUAUAACGGCGCACAAUCCUGAUCCGAAAUGUCGAUUCUUUUGGAAGAUGAGCGAGAGACCGCCGUAUGAGACGAAGUUCCCGGGGUUAAACGCACCGAAUAUCGUGCCACAGGCAAGUGCGAUACGAGAGAGAUGGACGCCGACUAUGGCGAAGUGGGGGACUUCCAUGAAGGAUGCUGUUCAAGCUUUGGCCCAAAUGUCAGCUGUCGGACUCGGGCUGUCCAAAGACGCCUUUACGGAUGCUGGUCGAUACGGUCCACAUAUUCUCGCUCCGACCGCAUCUGAUCUCAACCUCUACGGAAAGAAAGACACCAUUUUGGCCGGUUUCCACACUGACCUCAACUUCCUGACCAUUCAUGGCCGCUCUCGCUAUCCUGGCCUUCAUAUCUGGGCUCGUAACUCAGGUAAAAGGAUCCCAGUGAAGCUUCCUCCAACCGGUCCGUACCUUCUCGUACAAGCUGGGAAACAGUUGGAACAUCUGUCCGGAGGUUUAAUCAAGGCUGGGUACCACGAGGUCGUCGUGAACGAUGCGACCAUCCAGACCAUCGAGAGACGAAAGAAAGAAUUCACCGACCGCCCGCUCAUCCGAAUCUCUUCGACCUUCUUCUGGCAUCUAUCUUCUGAUUACGACCUCGCACCCAUCUCAUCGCUGGAGAAACGCGCCCAAGAGAUCAGGCUCCAGGAGGUCAAUCUUGGAAAGAUAGAUCGCGUGAAGGAGACGCGGUACGAGCCCAUGAAGGUAGGGCAGCAGGUCCAGAAUGAAUUGAGGCACAUUGCUCUCAUGGCUUAG